AUGAAGCUUUUGGUCAAGUCGCUCGCAGGUGGUAACUUCCACAUCGAUGUUGAACCGUCUGAUUCUGUGGGUUCUGUGAAGCAAAAAAUUCAAGCAUCGCAGGGACACCCCGCCGAAAACCAGAAGCUCAUCUAUUCCGGCAAGAUUUUGGCCGAUGAGAAGAAUAUGGGUGAAUACGAAAUCAAAGAAAAGGACUUUCUUGUCGUGAUGGUGUCGAAGCCUAAAGCGAAAAAGGUCGAGAGUGAUAAGCCAGUGAGUGCUGAUUCUUCGGCGCAAGCGGCCCCUGCACCUGCUAGCGCUGCGGCGACUGGCGAAUCAGCCUUGUCGGCAACGCCUGCAAAGCCCAAGGCGGAGUCUCCCGCCACACCUGCAGCGUCUACCCCGGCUGAAGCAGCUGGUGCAUCUUCUUCCAACCUGCCGUCAACACCUGCGCCUUCGAAUGGUCCAACAAAUGCGUCUGGUUCGACGGGCUCUUUGCAGACAGGAUCGUUCCUUUCUGGUGCUGAGCUCGAAACAGCCGUGAGCAGCAUCAUCGAGAUGGGUUUCUCAAAAGAGGAUGUUCAACGUGCAAUGCGUAUGAGCUUUAAUAAUCCAGACCGCGCGGUUGAAUACCUUAUGAAUGGAUUGCCAGAUGAAACGGCGGCUGCACCAUCGAGGACGACAGGUGUUCCCGCCACACCAGCGACACCGUCGCCAGCGCCAGUCACAAGUAUGCAGGAAACUCCGACUGGUGCAGGUGCUGGACGUGCGCCAAAUGCGGGGCAGUCCGGCAACCUAUUCGAACAGGCAGCUGCGAUGCAGAGUGGGACGAAUCGCGCGAGCGAAGGAUUGCUUGGCGAGGAAGAUGCACAGGGCCGGCAAAUUCUGGAUCUUGGAAAUCCCCAGGUCUUGUCUCAGCUGCGAACCUUGUUGGAGCAGAACCCUGCAGCAUUGCAACCGCUUGUGCAAGCACUUGUGCAAAGUAACCCACAGCUUGCUGAGGCAAUGAGCGCAGACCCCGAAGGUGUGCUGCGCAUGCUGGCUGGUGAAGGGCUCGAAGGAGAAGACUCGUUUGAAGUUCCUUCGCUUCAACAGCUUGCGGAUGAAGACCGCACACAAGUCGAACAAAUUGUGGCGAUGGGAAUCCCCGAACGUAAGGCAAUUGAAAGCUAUUUCAUGUGCGGCCGCAAUUUGGAGAUGGCUGUUCAAUACUACUUUGAGGUACGUUUGACGAUGUCUUGA